UCUGGUGGAAAGUGUCCCUGCCCGUGGCAGGGGGCUUGGAACAAAGUCUUUAAGUGGAAAUGGUGGAGUCAUCAUCCCUGAAGGCAUUUAAAAGAUGUGUGCAUGUGGCACUGAGGGACAUGGACAUGGUUUAGCGGUUAGCGUAUUGGCAGUGCUGGGUUAAUGGUUGGACUCGGUCUUAAGGGGCUUUUCCAACCUAAAUGAUGCUAUGAUGCUGUGGUUCUAACCCAAGCCAUUCUGCGCUCUGUGCCCAUCGCCCCCGCCUCGCGGACAGACGGUGCCGCUCAAAAGGCGCAUUGUGCAUUGUGUCUGUGGCCGGAGCUGAGCCACGGUGCCCAGCAGUGCACUCCCCCCCUGCCAGUGCUCCGCCAGCCCCCAGCUUGGGGCUCGGGUGUUGCUGGACACAUGGGCUGCUGCCUUGAGAUCCCCUGGCACCAGGACCUGUCCCUGGGAUGCACAGGUAAGCUGUCCCUGAGGAUGCCAUGGCAGGACUGCGGGACCUGUGGCUGCAAAGCUCACACCACUGAUGGGGCCACUGGGGAGCUGAGCACUGGCUCCCUUUGGCUGCUUGCCUGCCUUUCCCGAGGUGGCCACUGGUGUCCCCUCCUCUUUCUGGGCACUUGUGUCACUAGAUUUGGGGGUGUGGGGAACGAGGCAGGGCACUUUGGCCAGGGGCAGGAGAGGAUGACUAAGGGAGGGGGGUGGUUUAUUCCCAUGGUGUUGGCUUUUCAGAAGCCCCCUUGCCGCCCGUGUCCUGCUGCCACUGCUGCCCAGGAGCACCCAACACCGCAAAGCUUGCAGAGCCCGUGGGGUGCUGCCAGCCCCAGAGGAGUAAUUCCCAUGCUGAAUGCCCAAAUGAUCUAACAGGACUGUGCUAAUGGGCUGCAGGAGGGAGGUGGCUCAGGGCCAGCGGCUGUAGCCAUGUGUCCCCAGGAGAGCCGGUGCCAGUGGGUGCCACAAGCACCACAGCUCUGAGUGCUGGGACCUGGCCCUGGCUCUGGGCUGGGGCUGUUUCCUGCCCCCCGUUACAAAACAUUUCAGCACCAGGGAGGUAAAUGAGUCACUGGCACGACUGGGGACAACUUCUCGCCAGCAGCUGCAGUUGGUCUCUUGAAACAGCUCCCAGUUCCCUUUCUGAGCCUGGCCCAAACAGAAAUAAACACCAAAUCGGUGCGUGCCGCUGGAGGAAACCCAUUCCUCCUCUCACCCAAGCGAGCCCUGGUCCCUGCCUGGCUCUGUGGAGACCCACCAGCAUGCUUUGUCAUGCCACAGGCAGCAGUGUCCGUCCUGCCUCCUCCUUUGACACAACCUGUGGAGACCUCUUGGGCAGGGAGCAUCCUGCCAGGGAUCCGAAUGCUUCUCCCCACCUCCUGUCUUUCCCAGAGGAAGAGUGUGAUUCCUGCUGUCCCCACUCGCCCGUGCUCCUGCCCCACUGGGACCACCUGCAGCACAAGGGAAAAUGGUGGCGGGACAAGACCAUGGCAUCAGGUAAGACUGAGGCAUCAGAUCCAAGCAACCCCACUACUGAGGCAGCAGAAGGUUCUCCAGACACCCCCUUGGUGCUGCUGGCUGUCAGGGAGGGCUUUCCACAAGAGAUUUCACUCUUCUUCUCCGUUGAGAGCCGCUCCUCCCGAUGCCUCAAUUCCCAGCUCCAGGAAGCAGCCAGAAAGAAGCUGUGGGCCCUAGAGAGUGACGACAGAGAUGUCUGUGCCCUGUUCAAGGAGCUGUCAGCCCGGCUGGUCUGCAUGCAGGCACAGGAGGAUCGGUUCAUCCUCACCUUCAAAACCCUGGAAGAAGUCUGGAAGUUUUCCACGUAUCUGACUUUAGGGUAUGUGGGCAGCUGCCUGGAACAGCUUCUCUUUGACCAGGAGUACUGGCUAAACUGUGCUCUGAUGGAGGACACGGAGAUCAGAGUUACUGUGGAUGAAGAUCGCUUGGCCACCAUAUAUAUGGGUCUGCUACUGCAGGAAGGUAACUUUUUUUCCAGAGCAGUUCCUGGUGCUCCGGAGCAGCCGGAGCAGGAGGGAGAGGAAGCCCUGCAGCUCUGCAAGAAUGAGCUGAUCCACGUGAAGAAUGUUGGAGAGGAGUCCAAGUGGGAAGGGACGUCCUUACUGACGGGUCAGCGAGGCCUGGUGCCUGUGACAGCUCUAGAGCCAAUACCUCACCCAUUUUACCAGUGGUUCCUGAGGAACUAUGCUGUGAGUUUUGGCAUCUCCCAGGAGAUCAGUGGGACAAGCACUGAGCCAAUUGUCAAAGGCAGGUGCACAGCCACAAAGGACCACAGAGGAGCAGCAUGGGAUGAACUGAGUUUCUCCAAAGGAGACAGCAUAGAAGUCAUUGGCUUCUUCAUUCCAGGACUCCCGUGGUUUGUGGGCAAAUCCCUCAGCAGUGGGAGCAUUGGAUUUGUCCCAACUCAAUACAUAAGUCCCAAGGCUUGUGAACCUCUGGGAAAAGGCUUGGUGUUUCUGAGCGAGGAAGAAAAGUCCCCGCUCCUGCGCAUCCCCUGCAAUGGUGGUGAGCAGCACUUCACCACCCUCCUCAGUGACCUGGCACGCACGGACAUCACCUCUGUGUACCGGCUGGAUGGUUUUGAACCUACAGCCAUGUUCCCGAAAGUGCCGUCAGAGGCUGUUCUCCGUGGCUGUAAAGAUAUCCAGCUGCUCCAGUCCUGGGAGGAAAUAAAUGAGUUGGCUACCAAUAGCACCUCUGAGCUGUCUAGCCCAGGGAGUGAAUCAGCCCCUCAUACACUAGAAGAUGUUCUCCUGGAGAAGCUGGAUGACUUUGAUGAUCCCAAGUUCUUCAUUGACUUGAAUGCUGGACACAUGGAAGACGCUGAUGUCUUUGACCCCAUAUUGACCUUCCUUAACCAAGACAGUUACGUGCCCAGUUUUCAAAGCCUCUAUGAUCUCAGUUUUUCCUUUCUCAACUCCACUUUUUAUGGUUUCUCUGAUGAGGAUGAACUGAUCUUGUACCUUGAGGCAUCCAGGAACUGGGCCAAGAGAACUCAUUCAGUUUGGGCUCAUGUCAGGCUCUGUUUCCUCUUGGGUAAGCUUUGCAUCAAAAAGGUCAAGUUCUCCCAGGCUCGAGUCUACUUUGAGGAAGCCAUGAGCGUCCUGGACAGGGGUUUUGGGGACCUGCCCCUAUUGGCUGCAUUGCAUGUGAACCUUGCCUCCAUCUACUUGAAGCAGAAUAUGAAGCACAAGUUCUCCUCCCUGCUGGGAAAAAUGGUGGCCUUGCUUGUCUGCCUGCCUGGCCACUCUUUCAGCUCUGAGAACGAGCUGGAGGUUAUGAUGUAUGUCCUGAGGGAAGCCAUUGCUGUGGGUAAUGCUCCCUUGGAGGCAAGGGUCUGCUUCCUUAUUGUCAAGCUCUUCCUACAACUGGGCAAAAAUGAUGAAGUGCUGCCCUUUACCGAGCAUCUUCAGUGUCUCACCACCACUUUAGUGAGCCCGGACACUAGUUCUAUGCCACUGGAUGCCACCCCCAUCUUGAGCUACCUGUAUGACAAGAAGUAUUUGCCAAAUAUCGCACUGGCCUCCGCCAGGCUGUUUGUUCCCACUGGCAUCAAGGGGACACCGACACCCACUUGGAGAGCUGGCUUUAUCCUCCAAAAUACUUCCAAACUCCUGGGAAGCCAGCUGGAGAGGAGCAGCAUCCCAGCACUGGCCUGUUUCUAUCUCAAGCAAGCACUGCAUUUCUCUGGUGAGAGCAGAGCAGUGCCCAUCCAGAGGACACUGUGUACCAUCUUGUCCAGGAUGUACCUCCAGCAUGGUGUGCUGGAUGGGGCGGUUUGCUACGCAGCCAUGGCUGUAACCCUCAGUAGACUGAUGGGAGAGGAGGAGGCUUUUGAGUCUUCCCUGUCAUUGGGGUGGAUGUAUCUCCUGCACAGCCAGCCGGGACCCGCCGCAGACAUCAUGUGGCAGCUCUUGCACUCUCUGCAUGGGACAGACAGCGUGACUCAGGGUGGAGCGGUGCACAAUCUGCUGGCCAUUGCCCUCAAAGGAGAAGGGCAGGUACAAAAGGCUGCAGAGAACUACCUGCGGGCCCUGCAGAAAGCCAAGGAGACCGGGAACAAGAGGAACCAGGCUAUCGCCCUGGCCAACCUCGGGCAGCUGAGCCUUUCGCAUGGGGCGAACCAGCUCUCUGAGCUCUACCUGCUCCAGUCGGCUCAGCUCUACGCUGAGCUCCAGGGCAGCGAAGACCUGGAGAUGGAGUUUGUGCGUGUGCUGCUGUGGCUAGCACUGGCCAUGGUGAACAGGCAGAGGAUGGAGGAUGGCAAACUCUGUUAUGAACUGGCGUUGGUUUUUGCCCUGAAGUGGCAUAACGUGAGGAGUCAGCUUCACAUCACUGAGUCUCUCUGCCAUUUCUACAGCAAAGUGUCCCCCAGUCUCCAGGCCUGCAUCACCUACCAUGAGCACUGGGUAUCUUUGGCACAGCAGUUGCAGGACAGGGAGCUGGAAGGCAAUGUCCGGCAGACCCUCAGCCAGCUUUAUCAGGCUUUGGGCACACCUGAGGCUCUGAGACAGUCCCUGGACUGCACCAAACAGAGUCUAAGGAUCUUCAUUGACCUUGAGGAGACUGUGAAAGCAGCAGAGGCCUGGCUGCAGGCAGGAAGGCUCUACUAUCUUAUGCAGGAAGAUGAGCUGGUGGAAAUGUACUUUCAGGCAGCCAUUCAGACUGCUCUGAAAGUGGAGAACAUCUCCUUGGCCAUGGAUCUUUAUGAAAAAGCAGGUGAUACCUUUUUUAAUGGCAGCCGAAACAGAGAGAGAGCAGUGGAGUUUUACAGGGGAGGUGCUGUGCCCUUGGCCAGAAAACUAAAGGCCUCUAAGACAGAGCUGCGGCUCUUCAAUAAGCUGACGGAGCUGCAGAUCAGGCUGCAGGGCUACGAGAAGGCUCUGGAGUUUGCCACACUGGCAGCCAGGCUGAGCAUCAGGGUCGGAGAUCAAUUACAAGAGCUGGUUGCAUUCCACCGCCUGGCUACAGUCUACUAUUUCCUGCAUAUGUAUGAGAUGGCAGAAGAUUGCUACCUAAAGACCCUUGCCUUGCGUCCCCCCUUGCUGCAGUGUUCUGGAGAGGCCCUGUACUACUGCAAGGUGUAUUGCCACCUUGGCAACAUGACCCUGCACAAACUGAAGGAUGAACAGGAUGCAGCAGCCUACUUCCUCCUGGCCCUCGCCGCUGCAACCGAGCUGGGAGACCAGGGGCUGCAGGGCCUCAUCCGCACCAAGCUGGGUGACAUCCCUGGUGCCCUGCAGGGACCUGAGGGCACAGCAGGCUGUGCCACGUUCCGGCCCAGGUGGCUGAGUGAAGGUGGCCACGUCGUCUGACUGACCACAACCUGGGGACUCCACUGUGACCUGUCACACAGCAUCGUGCUGUGCCACUGGCAUGGGUCCAUGUGCUCUGCAGGACAACCAGCCCUGGAGAACAUCGCGUCCUAAGGAGCCACAGUGUUUGGUCUUCUUGUCCAUGACAGACAAGAGGUGAAGUGCUUGGAACCCUGCCCUCAUUUUCCAGGAGCAGGGAUGUACAUCAAGGCUGGGCACUGGGGCAGGAUGGGGACCGGGCAGCAGUGCUGGCACCUGCAGUGCAGUGGAGAUGAGCAACAGAUGGCAAUUGGAGUGGGAGUGCCUGCCUGGGUGGGGACAAGAAAGUGCUGCCAUGUGCCAGCUGCCACACACACCUCAGGUCCCAUGGGGCAGCUCAGCCCAAGCCAACUGUGUUUUAACUUGAAUAGCAACUCCUUUAUUUAUUCUUA